AAUCAGAACCAAAGGAGAGGGCAGCAACCUAACCCAUUGGCUACGAGAGAAAGGCAUUCUAAGGCCUUUCUCUGCCGGUUCCACCUGAAGCUGGUCUAAACCCAGGAAAUCCCAGAGUAGUGAGGUCACCCUCUUUUUUUGGGCCCUGGGAGAGAGGCACAGGUGUGCUCUCAUACAUUUUAUAGGGGAGGCUGUAGCAGUCCUUGGGGGAUUAGUUUACCUCACCAUGCGCGGCAAGGAUGAUGAAUACGAUUACCUGUUCAAAAUUGUUCUCAUUGGCGACUCUGGAGUAGGGAAGAGCAACCUGCUCUCGCGAUUCACCCGCAAUGAGUUCAACCUGGAGAGUAAAAGCACCAUUGGGGUUGAGUUUGCCACACGUAGCAUUCAGGUGGACAACAAGACUGUGAAAGCCCAGAUCUGGGAUACAGCUGGACAAGAACGCUACCGUGCCAUUACUUCUGCUUACUACCGAGGAGCAGUUGGGGCACUUCUCGUCUAUGACAUCGCCAAGUACCUAACCUAUGAGAAUGCAGAGCGCUGGCUAAAAGAACUGCAAGAUCAUGCGGACACCAACAUCGUCAUUAUGUUGGUGGGGAAUAAGAGCGACCUGCGACAUCUACGGGCCGUGCCCACUGAUGAGGCCAAAAGCUUUGCAGAAAAGAACGGCUUGUCCUUCAUAGAAACUUCGGCUCUGGAUUCCACCAAUGUGGAGACUGCCUUUCACAACAUUCUCACAGAAAUCUACCGGAUUGUAUCCCAAAGGCAAAUUGCCAGCGGGCAGCCAGAGACAGAAUUCAGCCCUAGCAGCACCAUUGAGCCCAUCAAAGUCCUGCCUACUCAUCAGGAAGGGAAACAAGCGCCUUGCUGCCAGAAUAUAUAAUCUGCCAGGACAGUGAGGGGAAGAGCAAGUUGGGACAGCGCUGAGUAACUAGGAAGGCCUUUCUCCUCCUCCUAGUAUCCAGUCUCCAAUGUGUUACACUGCUUCGUGUAUGUCCUGCAGAAGUGCAAGCCGGAUCAUGUCCUUCCCUCCAUGUUUUAAUUGCUUUGCUUUAGAUGUAGGACAUACUGAUUUGCCUUUCAAGAUAACGGUUAUUUGAAGCUACUGUUUAGAACCCCAGUAAAUAUCCAGAGAUUGGCAACUAGAGUCCCUUAGGCUCAAGCCUACCCAAAGAAUGAUGUCAAUUCGCCCGGCAGAGAAUUUCCCCCAUCCAUAUCCUUCUUUCCUGAUCACCUGAGGCUGCUGUUGUGACCUCAGGAGAUCUCAGGACCAGCCCUCCUGGCCUAAGUCCUGUUCUGAUGCACUGGAAGAAGAUGGUGGUUGCUAUGCGACCAUAAAUAUGGCACCUUAUAGAUCCUGCUGUCAUUGGAAUAUGUAAAGAGUACAUGAAUGGUUUCUGGAGCAGAUAGCCUAUGCUCCACAAGGGUCAGACAUCUUUAUCAUGCUGCAUACCUGACUGCUAUACACUACCUCCAUUAUGUAGGGCUUCCUCUGGCUAUAUUGUGUGCAAACAACAAUAAAAAACCACAAAUGGCUGUAGUUCCCCUCCCCCUUUCAAAGACCCGGUGGAGAUUAAAAGGGUUUGGUGUUUCAUCCACAAACCCCCAAACCCAUAAAAAUUAAGCUAACUGGUGCUCAUCUGCCUUCUGCGUAGGUCUAUGAUUCUGAACUCAAACCAGUCAGAAACUGAAUUCACAUUCCCUCAUGACUUUCCCUGAGGAACCUUGAGAACGGUAGCUUUGUGAGGGAUGCUUAAUCACGGGAGCUAUAGCCCCAAAGUUCCUUUGAGAGAAGCCAGGGCAAAUUAGGCCUAUAUUUCUUCUUUAUAAAAACCCUCUUCAUUACACAGUUGUGACCUAUUAGCUUGACUUUACUCCUACAAGAUAGCUGGGCUGUUGAGUACGUUCUGGGCUCUGUAAAGAGGCCAAUACAAGGUUUGUCUCCCUAGGAGGCCAUGAAUCUUGGCUGCCCCUUCACUCAGGAUUUGAAAAAGGCCUUCAUGCAACAAGGCCAACCAAAGACAUGCAGUUGCUUCAAAGCAUUUAAUGUUCUGGGUGUGCCUGCUUGCUAAAAACUUGCCAAUCUGCUUGCUAAAAACUGGCCAGGGGCAUGCAUUCAAGUGGCUGACAGUAAUCAGCUCUCUGCUUCCACCAUUCAGCCAAGCCUUUCUAGCACAUCCUCAUCCCAUCACACUGGUAAUCUCUUCUUGUCCAUUCAGGUGGGUUUUUAAGUAAGUUCUGGCAAAUAAAUUUGGUUCCUUCCUCUCUUUUGUUGAAGAUUAACUUGGAGAUUCUGACUAUUUUAUAUCAGCCAGUAAAGGUGUGGGAGGCUUUUUCUGGAAUAGGAGAGGACGAAAGCCACAAUAAGAGAAUGUUUUUAAGCACCUUAACUUCCCUGCUGUUUUUGUUUAUGUCUUAGCAUAACCCACAUCCUCGGAAAAUUCUUCGAGGGCAGAGAAGGCUUUAGCAUUCCCUGUGGGUUUCACUGCCCUAAGAGUCAUCAAUGAGUAAAGAUGGACCGUUCUAGAGGGACAAAGUGUCAUGUUUAAUUGCUUUGUAGUCACACUUUUGUUCCAACUCCAGCCUUCCUGUAAAUAAUAAUUUUAAUGUCUGGAAUUGCCUUCCCACAUUGCGCUAAUGGAAUUGUAUGUGUUGUGUGUUUGUCAGGCGUUGAAGUGUUGAAAUAAAAAAAUCUCUAU